AUGCAUCCUUCUCCUCCAAUCUUGAGAUCUGGAAACAUAGUGCAAAAUUUAAGUUCUAAAUUUGCUAACUCAGAAGCUGAAGGUGAGAAGCAGAAUACAAAUAGUAAAGGGGUUAAGAUAACCAUGGAUGAUAUUGAGGAUGAGGUAUCCUUUUGGACUGGGGAUGGUGUUCUUACAGGAGGCUUUGUCUUUUUUGACAAAAAACUAGUGGUUAUGAAACUGUGGGAUGCUUUUACUGAUUUCAAGAAAGAAGAUGGAAAUCGUUUGGUAGAUUCUACUACCAGAGGAAGGGAUAAACUUAAUUUUCCAAGGGUGUUAAUAGAAGUUUCACUAACACAAGACUUUCCAGAGUUCAUUUCCUUUGAGAUUGAGUUGGAUAUUGAGGUCUCUGUGACGGUUACUUAUGAAUGGAAACCUCUUAUUUGUGGUCACUGUAAGGGGAUGGGGCAUUCUACUCUUACUUGUAGAAAGAAAGAAGGCAAGAAACAGGAAUGGGUUGUGAAGAAGGUUAUGAAGCCGCAUGAGUCAGUUGCUGAACAGGUCUCCAAACCUGACUGGACUGACUCGGGGAAGAGUCAAUCUCGUGAGGGGUUUCAACCAAUUACAAAGGGCUGGAGAGCUAAAGAUAAAGCUAAACAUGUCCCAAAUGUGUCUCAGCCUACUAUCAUCAGUAAUACUUUUCAAGCUCUUUAUUUUGAGAUAGGGGACAGUUGCAGGAGGAUUGGGUUGGUUGGUCUUCUUGAAAUGAGGGUUAAAGCUCACAAUUUGGGAGCUUUAUAUCUUCGAGUGUUUUCCGGUUGGUGCUUUACUUCGAAUAAUUCGUGGCAUGAGGGUAGGCACAUUGUAGUUAGUUGGAAUCCAUUGAUAUUCAAUGUUGUUAUCUUAAAAUGUUCAAGUCAAAUGAUUCAUUUGCAUGCUAGUUCGAUCUUGAAUAAGGAUAGUUUUUUUGUUACAUUUGUGUAUGGUAUGAAUGAUGAAGAAGGCCGAAAUCUAUUGUGGAAAGACUUGCAGGACUUGUCUAUGGAGUCUCCUUGGAUUGUAUUGGGGGAUUUCAACGAUAUUUUUUCUAAGGAGGAGCGGAUUGGUACUCGGGUCAAAUACACUAAUUCGCAUUCUUUUCAAAGGUGUGUGGAGGUUUGUCAAUUGGAAGAUAUUAAAUAUAGUGAGAACUUUUAUACCUGGAAUAAUAAGCAGCAGGGCCAAGAUCAUAUUUACUCAAAAAUUGAUCGUAUUUUGGCUAAUCAACGGUGGUUGGAUACUUAUGUAGCAGCAGAGGUUCAUUUUUUGAAUGAGGGGCUCUUUGAUCACUCACCAGCUCUCCUCACGGUGUAUCCUGAUUUGGUCACUGGCAGGAAACCCUUUAAAUAUUUUCGCAUGUGGAAAUCCUUUCCUGGUUUUCAUGACUUGGUUCUCACUUAUUGGAUUCGACCUGUAGAUGGCACAUUGAUGUACAGACAAAAAGCUAAAAUUAAAUGGAUUCAAGCGGGCGAUGCUAACUCUGCUUUUUUCCAUGCAAGCAUUAGAGAGAGGCGAAGUAAGAAUAGAAUUUAUUCUAUUACUUAUGAUUUAGGGGAAUGGAUGGAUCAGCCUGAUAGAGUAAUAACAACUUUCCUGGAGUAUUAUCAGAGGUUAUUAGGCAGUAAGAUGACUUUGAGGAAUAAGCUUAAAAAAGUGGUUAUUGAAGGUACAAUUCUUUCUAGUACUCAAGCUAAUAGUCUGCUUCUUCCUUAUAGUCAAGAGGAAGUUAAAAAAGCUAUUUGGGAGAUUCUUGGUACAAAGGCGCCUGGCCUGGAUGGAUAUUGCAGUUAUUUUUUCCAGGAUAAUUGGGAUAUAAUUGGAGAUGAGAUUUGUGCUGUUAUUCUUUCUUUUUUGCAUUCUGGGAAAAUAUUAAAAGAGUUGAACUCUACAGUUUUGACUCUAAUCCCGAAGAAUAAAUGCCCAAAACAUGUGAGUGAUUAUAGACCUACAGCUUGCUGUAAUGUGCUCUAUAAAGUUGCUACCAAGUUGAUUUGCUCAAGAUUGAGGACUAUUAUGCCAGUGAUUGUUGCUCAAAAUCAAGGAGGGUUUGUCAAGGGGAGAUUUAUUACUCACAAUAUUAUGAUCUGUCAAGACCUAGUUCACCAUUAUGCAAGGAAAGUCGGGAAACCAAAGUGUAUGAUUAAGCUUGAUUUGCAGAAAGCUUAUGAUACGAUUGAAUGGGAUUUUAUUGAGGAAAUGUUUGAAGCUUUCAAUUUUCCAAGUAAGUUCAUUAAGCUUGUUAUGAAAUGUGUUCGAACUCCAAAAUUUUCUCUUAUGUUUAAUGGCUCUUUGCAUGGAUUUUUUGAGUCUAAGAGGGGCCUGCGGCAGGGGGACCCUAUGUCUCCUUUAUUGUUUGUGUUGGGGUUGGAAUAUCUUUCAAGAAUUUUACAACGAAUAGGAAGGAAAAAGGAUUUUAAAUUUCAUGAAAGGUGUGAAGGGAUCAAGCUUAAUCAUCUUAGCUUUGCUGAUGAAUCUAAAUCAGUUGUUUACUGUAGUGGUAUGAAUGAGCAAGAAGUCCAACGAAUCCUUGAUGCUUCGAGUUAUAGUAGAAGUGCUCUACCGUUCAAAUAUCUUGGAAUUCCAAUCUGUUCUAAGAGAAUUUUAGCAAAAAACUGUGAGAUUCUUCUUGAAAAGAUGCUUGCUCGAAUCAAGUGCUUGAGUUCUAGAAAAAUUUCCUUUGCUGGCCGAGUCAUCUUGAUCAAUUCAGUCCUCCUUUCAAUUCAUUCUUACUGGAAUCAGAUAAUGAUCAUUCCUAAAAAGAUCUUGAAUGAGAUUUCUGCCAUUUGUAGGGCCUUCCUUUGGAAAGGUCAAGCUUCUUCAUCUGGACCAGGACGUCUAGCUUGGGAUCUAGUGUGCAACUCUAAGAAAUCAGGAGGAUUAGGAUUCAAGGAUAGUAUAGACUGGAACAUUGCAGCCAUUGGAAAAUAUAUUUGGGCUAUUGCUGAGAAGAAAGAUAAUCUUUGGGUUAAAUGGGUUCAUCAUGUUUAUAUCAAACAAGCAGAUUGGUGGGAUUAUAUUGCCCCUGUUUCUAUAAGUCGGUAUUGGAAGAAAAUUUUUGAAGUCAAAGAGAAGUUUAAAAGGUUGAUCUCGGUGCAGCAAUUCAAAAAUGAGGUCAGAAAUGGAUACAACAUUAUUCAUACUGAUCUUGACAUAGUGCAUUGGAGCAAAGUGGUUUGGGGAAGAUUGAAUACACCUAAGCAUAGUUUUAUUUUAUGGCUGGCUGUUCAUGAUAGGUUGAAUACCAAAGACAGGCUCAAAAGGCAUCACGUCAUUGAGAAUUCUGAUUGCUUACUCUGUGGGAUCUUUGAAGAGUCUUGUGAUCACUUGUUUUUUAACUGCUCCUUUACCAUCAGAUGCUAUAAACAGGUGUUACUUUGGCUGAAUUGGAGAACCGAAUCAACUUCGUUGUUGAAAGUGAAUUGA